AUAUUAGUACUGUAUCAUAUAGCUUGUAACUGGGCUGCACGACCUGAAGCAGAGGUCUUGGUUCUUGUUCUCGCACUUAGUCGACAAACAACUUCUCCGCUUCCACUGCGAUUAAGUCCAAGAAUGUCUUAGACCUUUGUCAUCGUGUAGUCACACGUAUCCCGACGCUAUGGAGCUGCAAGGAUAGCAUUUCCCGAGCGGCUCCCGACGACCUGGCGCUCACGUGCAGAAGCCAGCGUCGCCUGGCAUAAAUGGAAGACUACGAGUAUAUCGCCACGCUUGGCGAGGGGGCGUACGGCUAUGUGUGGAAGUGCGUGGAGCGCACGACCGGGCGGUUGGUGGCCAUCAAGGGGUUCAAGCAGGCGCACGAGGAGCCGGAGGUCAUGAAGCUGGCGGCUCGGGAGGUGCGCGUGUUGCAGUCGCUCCACCACCCCGCAGUGGUGCGACUGCUGGAGGCGUUCCGGAGCAAGAGCGGCCGCGUCUACAUGGUGUUCCCAUUUAUCGGCCGCUCCGCCUUCCAGGAAAUGGACCGGUGCGCGGCACAGGAGCAGGAGCAGCAGAAGGCAGGCAGCGGUGGGGGUGCUGGCGGCGGCGAGGUCGCUGGUGGCGUGUACGGUGGCAGCGGCGGGCUGCCGCCUGCGCUGCUCAAGCUGCUGGCAUUUCAGGUUUUGCACGCCUUGGCAUACCUGCACGACCUCAAGGUUUGUCACCGCGACAUCAAACCGGCGAACAUCCUGAUAAACGACGACGGGAGCGGCGAGGUAGUGCUGUGCGACUUUGGCUUUGCCCGCCACACCCGCUGCGGGCCCCGGGACGUCCAGCAGCUGUCCACCUACGUCGUCACACGCUGGUACCGCGCGCCGGAGGUGCUGUUGAGUGACCAGUAUGGCCCCGCUGCCGACAUCUGGAGUCUGGGCUGCACACUGGCGGAGCUGGCGUUGGGGCAGCCGCUGUUCCCGGGCAGGAGCACGGCCGACCAGCUGUAUCGCAUCAUGCGCUGCUACGGCCGCCUCCCACCCGACAUGGACGCCCGACUGGCCGCCGACGCCCGACUGGCGGGGCUGGGCGUGCCACCCCCCGGCGGCCGCAGCCUGCACGAGCGGCUGCGGGGUGCCGACACCGGCAUCGUGCGACUGGUGGAGAGCUGCCUGCAGGUGGACCCGCGCCGGAGGCCCACCGCCGCCCAGCUCCUAACCGCGCCGUACUUCUGGGGCAUUGGCAAGCUGAUAGCGGGCACACGGCUGGAGUCCGUGUAUGGACAGGUGGCGGCGGCGGCCGUGGAGGGCAAGGUGCUACUGCCGGCGGUAUGCGGUGCUGCAGCCACAAGGGCCGCAGCCACAGGCCCUGCUGGCACCGCCAACCACCCGGCGCCUGUGGCUGCGGCCCCCGUCCCACCGGACAGGGUCGCGGCAAAGGCAGCAGACCGGCUGGAGCCGGCUGCAGAGGCAAAUGCGGCUGCGUCCGUGCGGCCACGAGCGGCCGCAGAGUUGGCGACGGCUAUGGAGGCGCCACGAGCACCAGCAGCACCUCCAGCAUCCACAUCAGCACCAGCAGUAGCGCCAUCCACACCAGCAGUAGCAGUAGCACCCACACCAGCACCAGCAGUAGCACCAGCACCCACACCAGCACCAGCAGUAGCACCAGCGGCGGGCUCGCCUGCGGCGUCAGAGGCGCAGGCAUCAGCCCUUCCGCUGCCACAGCCCCUAGCAAUCGAGGCGCCAGGCCGCGCCGUCGCGCCGGCCCUCAGUCCCGCCACCGGCAGUGCUGCGGCCAGCAUCACUAGCAGGCAUGAUGGCGGCAGCGGCGGCGGCGGUGCCUACGUCAGCAGCUCCAACAGCAGCAUCGGCAUCAGCAAGUGUGCUGUGCCGGUGUCUGCGCCUAAGCAGGUGCCUGGGUCAGUUACGCCUUCACAGGAUCAGGAGGCAAGGCUGCUAUUGGAGCAGUCGGCGCAGGAGGAGCUGGCGGAAGCUAGAAGCCACACACAGCAGCCGCAACAGCAGCAGCAGCCGCAACAGCAGCAGGAAGGGCAGCGGCAGACCGCCGCCGCACCUGCGCGCGCAGCAGUGUUUGAGGCGGCACUUGCCAGCAGUACCGGUGCCGAGCUCCCUGCAGGCUGCAACAGGGAGCGCGGGUCGACGCCCCUUGCAGCAGCCGCUGGUCCCACCACUGCCGCUCACCCCAUGAGUGGAGCCGCCGCCGCUACGGCCACCGUCGCCAUUACCGGGGCCGGAGCGCCGCCUGGCAAUGGCUCCCCCACCGCGUCUGUCGCUGUUAGCAACGGCCAGGUACAUACAGGCUUUGGCAGCUUCUUUACUGCCCAAGGAGGGGCCAGCACGACGGUAACAGACAGCAUUGGAGCCAGCAGCCUCGGUGCCAGCCUUGGGGCUGCUGGCGGCGGUGGCGGUUCGCGGGUGCUGGCGUCUGCACUGGCGCAACAGCAGCUGCAGAAGCAGCAGCAGCAACACAUGCAGCAGCAGCUGCAGCAGCUGCAGCACAUGCAGCACCUGCAGCAGCUGCAAACGGAUACCGUGAUGGCCACGUUGGCGGCGCUGCAGCGGCUGCCAAGCGGCGGACACAACACGACGCCGCUCGGCACUGCGGGCGGCACCAACGGCGCGGCGGCGGCGGCGGCAGGCGGCGCAGCCAGGAAAGGCGCGGCGCCGCCGCAGAUGCUGCCGCCACCGCCGGGGGAUGCGGCGGCCGCGGCGCCGCUCUUUACAUGGCCGGGCUUAGCGCCGCUGGAUUCAGCCGGCACCUCCUCCGUCCUGCCGGGCAUCGGUUCUAUGCUUCUAGGGGAGGCGGCCGCGCCGCCUGACGCCUCGGCGGCGGCGCCGGCGCCUACGUCGCGGCUUGUCCCCAAAACCUCCGGUGACAUGGAUGGGGCCGCCUGGGGCAACGCCACAGACUUUGCCUCGCUCGUGCACAAUGCGGCGGCGGUCCCCCCGCCGAACUUGGUGUCGUCCCUUCUACGCCAGGGCAAGGCGGCGGCGGAGCCGGCGGAGCUGGCGACGCCGACGCAGGCGCAAACAGUGACACCCCAAACCGUGGCGGCCGGGGGCAUGCGGUCAUCGGUAGCGGCGCACGCAGAUCGCAGCUCGCAUCACCGCACUCGCACGGACGUCAAAUUCACAUCUCACGGCGUGUGCGUCAUGGGAGCUGCCGAGGCGGCGGCGGCGUUAGCGGCGGCGGCGGCAGCACCCAGCGGCAGGCAGGCGGCGCUGAAGACCAGCAAAAGCUGCAUCACGCCGGGAUACAACUCGAGGCCCGUCAACAGUACUGCAACCGCCGCAGUCGUAGCCAUAGCCGCCGCUACUGGCGGCGGUGGCGGUGGUGGCACUGCGUACAGCAGCGGCGACUGCGGCGCCGCCGCAGGCGCAGGCGCGGGCGUUGCCGCCGCCACCGCCAGCAGUAGCAGCGUUACGCGCGCCCCUGGCCUCAUGAGGCUGAGCAGUCCGGACAUCGCCAUGGCAGAGUGCAUCACGCCGACUGGCAUGCCUGUCCCGGCGGCAGCCGCAGCGGGUGCAGCGACCGCUGCGACGGCGGCGGCGGUGGCGGCAACAGGGGGCACGGGGGCGGCAGCAGGGCCAGGCGGCGGCCGCGCGCCGCCGAUGCCGCCAAUGCCGCAACAGGCACGCGGCGCUGUCGCCGUCGUCGCCGCCGUCGUGGGCCGAAAUCUCGCAUUCCUGGGCAGCCUGGACGCGGCGGGCGGCCUCGUCAGCUUCAACCCGGUCGCCACCACCGACACCAUGUUCUCCCGGGACUCGGCGUUCGCGCCCUUCUCGCCGGCAGCGGCGCCGCUGCUGACGUCAGCUGAUGCGCUAUCGCCACCUCAGGCCAACCAGCAGUCGCAGCAGCAGUCGCAGCAGCAGUCGCAGCAGCAGUCGCAGCAGCAGCAGCGGACGCCGCGGCCACUGCUGGCGACCACAAGGUCCGGGAUCCCUGUAUCGUCAGGCGCGACGGCGGCGGUUGCGGCUGCUGGCGGUGGUGCCGCCGCCGCUGGUGGAGUCGGCGGCAACGCGCGCACAGCCAGCGGCGCUGUGGGCGGCAGCGCCAGCGCCACACGGCCGCUGCUGCUGAGCGGGCCACUACUACUGAGCUCGGCGGCAGGGGAUUGCGUCUGCAACACCACCAAUGAUGGUGGCCGGCAGCUGCUGCUGCCGCCGCCAGCAGGGCGGCGCGGUGCCAGCAGCAGCAACAGCAGCAGCUGUGUGGGAAGGACGGUGGCGCCGCCGCUGCUGGUGCAGCCCGCAUCCCUGGCGGAGGGCGGCGGCGGCGGCGGCCUGCGUGUGCCGCCUCUAUCGGCGGAAGGUGGCUGCGUUGCCGCUGCGGCCGGCGAUGCCACCACGCCUGCUGCCUCGUCGUGCGCCGCGGCGGGUUGUGUGGGCGCCGGCCCGGGCGGGAGCAUAAGCCGCAGCCGGAGCCGCUUUGGAACCUCCCAACCUAACCUCAACACGGCGGUUGGCGCCGCCGCUCCUCCCACCUCGGGUGGCCUGCUGCUGCUGUCCCGUGCAAGCGGCGUCGCCGACGGUGGCGAUAGCGCUUGGGCACUGAGAACGUCCAGCGCAAGCGCUUACGGCGGCCGCGCCGCCGGCGGCGCUGAUGCUCCCAUGGCUGCCUGGGGUUCGUCUCCGCACCUGUUGUCAUUGCAAAACGACUUCCUGAAGUCAACGGCGAGCGGCAGGGAGCGGGACAGCCAAGCAGUGGCGUUGGUCGACGUCAACGGCGUCGCCACCAAGUACCGCUCAGCCAGCUGUGGCGGUGCCGCUGCCGCGGGUGCGGCCGCCGCCGCCGCCGCGGUGGCAGGCGGUGGCGGCGGCCGCAGCAUCAAUGCCGUUGGUGCCGCCGCCGGCAGCGCUAGCAAGCCGGAGAGGCGGAAGGGCGGCGGCGUGUUCGCCAAGAUGCUGCGUGCUGUCAAGCGCGCAUUUACUUAAUGUGCACGUCCUUAAGCCUAAACGCUCCUCGGUCAUCGAAUGACGCUAUUUUGUUGCUGCAGCGGUUGUUUCAUCCAUUCAGCUUACUUGCACGUGAUGGCGGCACGUACGUCAUGCAUCAUGCACCAACCGCCAGCGGUGCCUUGAGCUUGCACAGAUAGAACCCAUCCACGGCAUCCACAGACAUCUGCAUGCCGCAUACUCAAGUGUGCGCAACUUGUCUUUUUACUUUGCAUUUGAGUGCUGGCAUGUGCGUGCUCUUGUUGGCCGCACCAUCCGCCGCAUUUCAAGCUUAGCAUAGUGAUUAUUGCUUCGCUCGAAUGGCGGGUGAAGUGUGGCCCGAAGCGUCCCAAGGAACCACGACACAGAAGCAUCAAACUCGCGGCAUCAACAGAAGCAGAGCCAACGUAUCGCAAAUGCUAUGAGCAUAGGGGCGCUAGCAAUCAAAACCGAUAGCGAACCGAAGAAGAGAACAUAUAUGGAGGCUGCUGCCGGAAGGUGUGUUGCGCCUGUUGGUGUUGUGCACAUGUGGCGGUGGCACACGUUGCGCAUCGUUUGCUUCGAAACUCAGAGCUACACGUGUGUGCCGCCGCCAAUAAAGGCGCUGUGGAAAUCGUGACAUGCAGUGAUUGGCGUCGUGUUGCCCGAUAUCGUCCAAGUAUCCGUGUGCGUGCGACUCCAGGGCACCCAAUCAGCCCAGCACAGUAAGUGUGCACCACCAAUGAAGUCGGUUGGGUUAUUCCAAAUGCUGAAGUCAUGCCAGGCCAGCGUUUGUGCUUGACGCUGGCGUACAUACCGGUACAUGCGGGCUCAGGUGGUGGGCUGUUGCACCAUGAAGCGCACAGCUGAAAGCAUUUUGCUAGAUUGCCUAUAAAGUAGAAAUCAAGAGUGCGAGGAGUGAAUAGAAAGUGUCCGCAUUUUUGCCUCAUUUCAAUAGUGCCUGCCGCGCAUGAAAGGGGUUAAGUAUUACGGGGUUCUGAAGCGGUUGCUGUCUACGCGGCGGUUGGCUGGCUUCAGUGCCAUGGCCCGUGGGCAUUGCUUACUCGCCUUUUGGCCCGGGAUGGGUAACCUGUCGCAUUGCCGAGAUUGCAAGGGCCACGGAUGGGCCACGAGCGGGUUUUGGGGGCGGUGACAUCAAUCAAUUGCGUGCUGAUUGCUGUGGGUCUGAAGAUGUUGGUCUGCAGGGUUCUGGGUCUGUCGUACAGUGUGUGUGUGUGUGUGUGUGUGUGUGUGUGUGUGUGUGUGUGUGUGUGUGUGUGUGUGUGUGUGUGUGUGUGUGUGUGUGUGUGUGUGUGUGUGUGUAUGUAGUUCAUUUCAAUCCCAAAAUAAACCCUUGCCAACCCAGAACCCAUAGAGCGCGGAGGAGAGGGAUAUGCUGGGGGGUUAGUUCAUUCUCCAAAUGACAGGGCAAUUGCCCAGGUCGUGGAAUACGAGUAGCUAAUUUAUAAGUCUAACCACCUUUAACUAAAACGGUACGGUAGUGCGGGUGAUGGGCCAUCUGACGGUCUGAGAUUCGCACACGUGAUCCAGGAAAGCGUUUUCAGCCCCCAAGUGGCGCCUGAGGUGCAGUGACCUGAGAGAUGAAUGGCUCGUGUCCCAGGGGAAUUGAGAUGGGAGCACAACUUGCGAGCAGCAACUCACGGAGAAAGUUUAUCAUGCCAAGCGCUGAAGGCGUGGGGGCACGCCUUGGCACUGCUACCAGCCUACCAGGGUUCCUGGGCCAGUGGCUGCAUUGCAGGUUCCCUGCCCGUGUAAUCUCUAUUGCUU